AUGGAUCGCAGACCAGACUUACAAGGUCAAGGCCGCUUUAAGCGUCGAAAGAUGGAGGACACGGAUUCUAGAUACAGUGCAGAAAGCGACGAUGACGGAGGCGUCAAGGUUGGAAAUUUUGCUCAGCCCACUGAGGUCAAGCCCAAGAAGGAGGACCUGGAUGCCAGGCCGAGCCGACACACAGAGGGAAUAGACCAAUUGGUAGAAAAGACCAGCAAGAAAAAGAGGAAGAAAGAGGAGGACGCAGAGGAGGCGUCGGAUCCAUACAUAGCACGGCAACAUGAAGAGCCUCUACCAAAGAAGAAAGAGCUGGACCCGAGAGCGAAUCCGUAUCUUGCUCACAGAUACGAGGAGCCGGCGGAAGAUGAAGGUAGUUACAACGGCUACAGCAACGGCUACGGGCGCCCAACGAACAGGAUGAACGGAGUGUCGAAUGCUUCGAGCUUGGCCCGAUUCCCGAGGCAUAAGUCUACCGCGGCGAUGGCCAAGAACGCAGAAGAUGGGCCCAACAAUCCAUUCAGUGGCCAGCCUCUGUCGUCACAAUACUUCAGUAUCCUCAAGACUAGGCGGAAUCUGCCUGUUCAUCAGCAAAGGGACGAGUUCUUACAGAUGUAUCAAAAGUCUCAAUUCCUCGUAUUUGUAGGGGAAACUGGUUCCGGGAAGACUACUCAAAUACCUCAGUUCGUCCUGUUCGAUGAUCAACCACAGAUUCAGCGCAAGCUGGUGGCUUGCACGCAACCUCGCCGAGUGGCAGCGAUGUCAGUGGCCCAGCGUGUAGCAAAUGAGAUGGAUGUCACGCUGGGAGAUGAAGUGGGCUAUAACAUCCGGUUCGAGGAUGUGACGAGCCAGAAGACUAUCCUGAAGUACAUGACGGACGGUAUGCUGCUUCGGGAAGCAAUGAACGACAAUAAUUUAAAUCGAUACAGCACGAUCAUUUUGGAUGAAGCGCACGAACGUACACUUGCAACGGAUACUCUAAUGGGGCUACUCAAGGAAGUUGCACAGCGAAGGCCGGAUUUGAAGAUCGUCAUCAUGUCUGCUACUCUGGACGCCCAGAAGUUUCAAAGCUACUUCAACGAUGCGCCUUUAUUGGCAGUGCCUGGACGUACGCAUCCUGUCGAGAUCUUCUAUACACCGGAACCGGAGCGAGAUUACGUUGAGGCUUCGCUACGAACAGUAUUGCAGAUACACGCCAGCGAACCGGAAGGCGAUAUCCUAUUGUUCCUUACGGGCGAAGAAGAAAUUGAAGAUGCGUGUCGUAAGAUCAGGCUUGAAGCAGAUGAGAUGAUCAGAGAGGCGGAUGCAGGCCCCUUAACAGUCUAUCCUUUGUACGGGACCUUGCCUCCUAAUCAGCAGCAAAAGAUUUUUGAUCCUGCCCCACCACCAAGUAAGAAGGGCGGUAGGCCUGGCCGGAAAUGCAUCGUCUCGACAAACAUUGCGGAGACAUCUCUCACCAUUGACGGAAUAGUCUACGUUGUAGAUCCAGGGUUUAGCAAGCAAAAGAUCUACAACCCUCGUAUCCGAGUCGAGUCACUCCUUGUAUCUCCCAUCUCGAAGGCGUCUGCCCAACAGCGAGCUGGUCGAGCCGGUCGAACACGACCCGGAAAGUGCUUUCGGCUAUAUACCGAAGGCGCAUUCAAGAAAGAGCUCAUCGAAACCACUCACCCUGAAGUUCUUCGCUCAAAUCUUUCCUCUACAGUUCUGGACCUCAAGAAGCUCGGUAUUGAUGACCUUGUCCACUUUGAUCUCAUGGAUCCUCCCGCGCCCGAAACACUAAUGCGCGCUCUCGAAGAGCUCAACUACCUCGCUUGCCUUGACGACGAGGGAAACCUGACCGCGCUCGGGAAGCUUGCCUCCGAAUUUCCCUUGGAUCCCACCCUCGCAGUCAUGCUCAUCUCAUCCCCCGAAUUCUACUGCUCCAACGAAGUGCUGUCUCUUACCGCUCUCCUCUCAGUCCCCCAAGUCUUCGUCCGCCCCGCUUCGGCCCGCAAACGCGCGGAUGAGAUGAAAUCUCUCUUUGCGCACCCGGACGGCGAUCAUCUGACUAUGCUCAACGUCUAUCACGCUUUCAAAGGACCAGAAGCACAAGCCAAUCCCAAGCAAUGGUGUCACGAUCAUUUCGUCUCUUUGCGAGCUCUCCAAUCUGCCGAUAAUGUACGCCAGCAGCUCAAGCGGAUUAUGGAAACGCAUGAGAUAGAGCUUGUCAGCGCUCCCUUUGAAGACAAGAACUACUACACAAAUAUCCGACGAGCGCUCGUUGCCGGCUUCUUUAUGCAGGUCGCAAUGAAAGAGGGCAACAGCAAGACGUAUGUGACCGUAAAGGACAACCAGAAUGUGAUCUUGCAUCCGAGCACAGUACUGCAGACCGAAAGCGAUUGGUUGCUUUACAAUGAGUUCGUGCUUACGACCAAAAAUUACAUUCGGACUGUGACUACUGUAAAGCCGGAGUGGUUGAUGGAUAUCGCGCCAACGUAUUACAACAUUACAGAGUUUGGCAAGGGACCUGUUAAGAGCGCCUUGCAGAGAACAAUAGAUAAAGUCAGGAGGAAGGAGGCUACGAAAGGACGGAAGAGAUGA